AUGACGCAGCAAGUGAUUCAGCUGGAUCAAGAAAAACUGAGCUGUCCAAUCUGUCUGGAUCUCCUUAAGGAUCCAGUCACUAUUCCGUGUGGGCACAGCUACUGCAUGAGCUGUAUCAAAAAAUAUUGGGAUGAGAAGGUAACACACAGCUGCCCCCAGUGCAGGAAGACUUUUACACCGAGACCUGUCCUGGUGAAAAACAUCAUGUUUGCUGAGUUAGUGGACGACCUAAAGAAAGCAGGACUUCCAGCUGCUUCAUCUGAUCAUGCCUAUGCUGGACCUGAAGAUGUGACCUGUGAUUUCUGUUCUGGGAGGAAGCUGAAAGCCUCCAAGUCCUGCCUGGUGUGUAUGGCCUCUUACUGUGAGCAGCACCUCCAGCCUCACUACAACGUAGCUCCACUAAAGAAACACAAGCUGGUCAAAGCCACUUCAAAGCUUCAGGAGAACAUCUGCCCUCUCCAUGAUGAGGUGAUGAAGAUCUUCUGCCGCACUGAUCAGCAGUGUAUCUGUUAUCUCUGCUUAAUGGAUGAACACAAAGACCACAUCACAGUGUCAGCUGCAGCAGAAAGAGCUGAGAAGCAGAAAGAUCUUGAAACAAAUCGACAAAGUGUCCAACAGAUACUCCCGAACAGAGAGAAAGAUGUGAAGGUGCUUCAAGAGCAGGUGAAGGCUAUCAAUCUUUCUGCUGAUAAAGCUUUGAGGCAAUCUGAGAAGAUGUUCAAAGACUUGAUCAGUCUUAUUCAGAAAAAAAGCUCUGAGGUGAAGCAGAAGAUCAGAUCCAAGCAGAAAGCUGAACAGAACAGAGUCAAAGAGCUUCAGGAGAAGAUAGAGCAGGAGAUCAGGGAGCUGAGGAGGAGAGACACUGAACUGCAGCAGCUCUCACUGACUGAGGAUCACCUCCAUUUUCUGAAAAGCUACUCCUCACUGUCACAUCUGAGUGCAUCUACAAACGUACUCACUGUCAGUGUUCAACCUCAACAGUACUUUAAGGAUAUGAUGCUGGAAGUGUCACACCUCAGAAAUAAACUACAGGCCGUUUUGAGUGAAGAGCCUACAAACACCUGCCAGAAAAUGACUCAAGUGGAUCUAAAAGAGCCCGUAACUAGACACAGUGCUGGACUGGGACAAGAAAUCGGCCCAGGCAUUUUGACUAGAAACCGGCCCACCAGGUAUUAUAGGUAUUGA